ACUCGUUUUCGUGUUGCGCUGAUUCCGGAAGUAGCUGUUGCAGGCGCUGCGGAGAUGUCACAGCGCAGUAAAUGAAUGGAUGCUGCGCUCGAAGCUCCAACGGGUCCAUCUCUGUCCCUCCAGGAUGACAUGAGACGUCGCGGUCGUCGCUCCUCGUCGCCUUAAGUCCCGCCUCCCGCCGUUUCCGCUGCUGGUAGGAUCAGACGGAAGGCGCCGGGUUAACUUGGCCUGCUUUGUCAUCCAGUUAUUUAGCAUUCGACCUUUUCUUUUUGCUCGUAAAAGUCACCCUGAGAUUUUUACAAGUCAGAAAAACACUCUGGAUACCAUAACCAUGGCAACAAGGAUGAAGCUGAAGCUGAAGACAGUGUUUGUGAUGUACUUCAUGGUCUCCCUGAUGGGUCUCAUCUAUGCUCUUAUGCAGCUUGGUCAGCGCUGCGAUUGCACAGAACACAUCAUGGUGAAAGAUCGCACCAUAUCCCGCCUGCAGGAGGAGCUUCACCACCUGAAAGAUGUCAUAAAGAAUUCGGAGGCGACCAAACUACCCCCGAAGCAGCCAGCCAGAGGCCCCCCGCCCACCACCAUCUUCGUCAUCACUCCCACAUAUGCCAGGCUGGUGCAGAAAGCAGAGCUGACCCGCCUGUCGCAGACUUUCCUCCACGUCCCUCAGCUCCACUGGAUCGUGGUGGAGGACUCGCCCCAGAAGACUCCUCUGGUCACCGAUCUUCUGAAGAAGAGCGGCUUGGUCUACACCCACCUGCACGUGCCAACCGCCAAGGACCACAAACUCCAGGAGGGAGACCCCAGCUGGCUGAAGCCCCGUGGCGUGCAGCAAAGAAAUGAGGGGCUGCGGUGGCUGCGAGAGGACAGACGGGCUGAGGCGGGAGGGGACAACCUGCAGGGGGUGGUGUAUUUUGCUGACGACGACAACACAUACAGUCUGCAGGUGUUUGAAGAGAUGAGGAGCACCCAGCGGGUGUCAGUCUGGCCGGUGGGGCUGGUUGGUGGGAUGAAAUACGAGAGGCCCGUGGUCGAAGGAGGAAAGGUGGUUCGCUUUCACACCGGCUGGCGGCCCAACCGCCCCUUCCCCAUAGACAUGGCCAGCUUUGCUGUGUCCCUGAAGCUGGUUCUGGCCAACCCAGAGGCUUGUUUUGAUGGAAACGCACCAAUGGGACUCUUGGAAAGCAGCUUCCUUCAGGGUCUGGUUACGAUAGAUGAGCUGGAGCCUAAAGCCGACAACUGCACUAAAGUGCUGGUGUGGCACACACGGACCGAGAAGCCCAAGAUGAAGAGAGAGGAGGCGCUGCAGGCACAGGGACUGGGUUCAGACCCGGCUCUGGAGGUCUGAAGAACACACCCAGACAGACCCACACCCAUCCUCUGUUUUCAAAUCUGUUACUCAUCAUUGUAAAGUGUUCUGGUCUGCCAGCUCUCUCUCUGGUUCAGGUCAUAAAUGUUAAUGUGUGUGUGAUAACUGUGUUGACAGGCUGUGUAAAUGUCAGUACUGUUGGAUUUGCUUUACUUCCUUCUCAACGCUGCAGUACUGUAAGUUACCUGAAGAGGGCGCCAGUUAAAGAAUCUGAAGUCAUCUUGUUCCUUUCAAAUUCACCUUGUUCUUGGAGUUUGUAAAACCAUUAACAAUGCAUGCCUGGCCAUUUUGAAGGGUUUUUUAGUCCUUAAUAUUUAUUUUUUACACAAAAAUCCCUUCUCAUGUCAGUAUUGUUGGGCCGUCAAAGCAGCAGCAGCAGCAACAGAAAUUGUUGCCUUGUUUCUCUGCAGUAUUGAACUGCAUCACUUCAUGCUAAAACUUCACACUAAUUAGGUUUUUUUCAGGAAAAUAAAUCCUUUUUGAAUAGUGAAUGAUUAUUUUAUAGCUACACAGUAAAAGAUUGUUUACAUUUCAAAUAGUUCCAGUGUGGAUAACGUUAAAAACUGGAGAACGUCAAAACUAACGGCUGAAAGAGGCGAUAUGUGUGACGCCACUGAUUGACUUGGACUGAUUUUUAAAAAAAGCUUUCUGUUCAUCUCAACCUGAUUGGACAUUGCCAAGCAUAGACUUUUCCUAGAAUGGGAAGAUUGGAAAGAACACGCCCCCCCCAUAAGGCCAUUCUAGAGAUAAGUAAUUACAGCGCACUUGUCAAUCAAUAGGCAGUCUUCUCUCUUGAGCAAAGUUUAGAUUUAAAGUAUUUUUUAAAAAUCUUUUUUUUAUUGUCUUGAUGCUGAAUUUGAUAAAUCCAAAAAUAGCUAUUUUUGGAUCUAGAUUGUGUUUCUUUUUCACUAAGUUGGGCUGUUUUUACAUUGGAGUGAAUAAGAAAAAGUUGGAUUCAUAUUUGACAAAAUGUCCCAAUUUGGUUUAAAUCUCCCUUAAGCUGUUGGUACUUUUAGAUUCUUUGCAAGCUGAGGCUGUAGCUGGAACAAGCUGCUGUUUAGGACACAGACAGCAGGAGCUUUGUCUGCUGUAGAGUAAUCUGUGCCUCUGAGGACAUUAUCUCCAUGUUCCUAUGGUUAUGUAUUUAUUGCUGUAAUUAUGUUCUGCACAUUGUACAGCGUGAUAAUAAACCUAUAUCAGACAUGCUCCGUGUCUGCUGUUGGA